UAUCUGGUUACCUGGUUAUCUGGUUAUCUGGUUACCUAGUUACCUGGUUAUCUGGUUACCUGGUUAUCCUGGCAGCAUGGCGGACUUCCUGAUCAGCGGCCAGACCGGCUACGUCCCUGAUGACGGGCUGUCGGGACAGCAGCUGUUCAACGGAGGAGACGGGCUCACAUACAAUGACUUUCUGAUUUUGCCGGGCUACAUUGACUUCACAUCAGAUCAAGUGGACUUGACCUCAGCGCUGACCAAACAAAUCACCAUGAAAACGCCGUUUGUCUCCUCUCCCAUGGACACCGUCACAGAGGCCAACUUGGCCAUCGCGAUGGCACUAACGGGUGGCAUCGGCUUCAUCCACCACAACUGCACGCCGGAGUUCCAGGCCAAUGAAGUCCGCAAAGUCAAGCGUUAUGAGCAGGGCUUCAUCACAGACCCGGUGGUGAUGAGCCCCAACGAUCAUGUUCGGGACGUCUUCCAGGCCAAGGCUCGCCACGGCUUCUGUGGAAUCCCUAUCACAGACAACGGCAAAAUGGGCGGCAAGCUGGUUGGCAUCAUCUCCUCUCGAGACAUCGACUUCCUGAAGGAGGAGGAGCACAACCUGCCACUGAGCGAGGUGAUGACAAAGCGAGAGGAUCUAGUGGUUGCCCCUGCUGGAGUUACACUGAAAGAAGCCAAUGAAAUCCUCCAGAGGAGUAAGAAAGGUAAGCUGCCUAUAGUGAAUGAGGAGGGCUCCCUGGUGUCCAUCAUUGCCCGCACAGACUUGAAGAAGAACAGGGACUUCCCUCUGGCCGCCAAAGACUCGCGCAAACAGCUGCUGUGUGGCGCCGCCAUCGGCACUCACAACGACGACAAGUAUCGACUGGACCUGCUUGUGCAGAGUGGGGUGGAUGUGGUUGUACUGGACUCAUCUCAAGGCAACUCAAUCUUCCAGAUCAACAUGAUCAGAUAUAUCAAAGAAAAGUUUCCAAAUCUACAGGUCAUUGGAGGCAACGUGGUGACUGCAGCUCAGGCCAAGAACCUGAUCGAUGCAGGAGUUGACGGGCUGAGAGUGGGGAUGGGCAGCGGCUCCAUCUGCAUAACGCAGGAAGUGCUGGCGUGCGGCAGACCCCAGGCCACGGCGGUCUAUAAGGUAUCGGAGUACGCCAGGCGUUUCGGUGUGCCGGUCAUCGCUGAUGGCGGCAUCCAGACGGUUGGGCACAUUGCCAAAGCCUUGGCACUGGGAGCAUCCACAGUGAUGAUGGGCUCUCUGCUGGCUGCCACCAGUGAAGCUCCUGGUGAAUAUUUCUUCUCUGACGGUCUUAGGCUAAAGAAAUACCGUGGCAUGGGCUCACUGGAUGCCAUGGAUAAGAACCUGGGCUCCCAGACCAGAUACUUCAGUGAGUGUGAUAAGAUUAAAGUUGCUCAGGGUGUUUCUGGAGCGGUGCAGGACAAAGGCUCCAUCCACAAGUUUGUUCCCUACCUGCUGGCUGGCAUCCAACACUCCUGUCAGGACAUCGGAUCCAAAAGCCUCACACAGCUCAGAGCCAUGAUGUACUCAGGAGAUCUUAAAUUUGAAAAGAGAACAACUUCGGCUCAAAUGGAGGGUGGAGUCCACAGCCUGCACAGUUAUGAGAAACGUCUGUUUUGAGAAGAAGCCAGACAGAGUAUCCUUCCAACAGACACAUUAUGCAAACACAUUUCAUGCCUGACUCUCUUUAAUUCAUAUACACACACACACACACACACACACACACACACACACACACACACACACACACACACACACACACACACACACACACACACACACACACACACACACACACACCACUAACUUUUAAUACUAAUUAGUCAUUAAAGAUGAGCUCUCACACACACUACUCUUCCCAGGAUCCAUCAAGUCUUCCUGCCAGUGUCAUCUAUGCAUCGUCUGUGUUUUGUUUAGCUGUGUGUUGAUGAAGAAUGGGAAUGAAGCAUUUAUCAAUCAGUGCACGUGUGAUUGAGUCCCCUAAUGCCUUUCAUGUUUUGAUUAAAAUAGAUGCCUGGAGUGUCAAUGUUAAGGCAGAAAAGUUGUCCAAUAAUAAAGCCUAUGUGUUUUUCCACAA